AUGGCAGCAUCAUCUUCCCUCCCAAUGAUGGGUAGUCGCUUGGGGAACCGGCGGCUUGCAGCUCUCGCUCUCUGCCUUGUAUUGCUCCUCCAUAUCACUACCACUACUUUGGUAUUGUCCUCCAACAAGGGAAAAGGCGGCGGUGCAAAAAAAGGUGGCGCACAAAAAGGUGGUGGUGCACAGAAACGUGGCGGUGCUCAGAAAGGUGGCGAUCGAAAAGGUGGUGCACCUGGAACUGCUGGCGGUAAACCCCGUGGUGUCGUACACGUUGGUGAUGCAGCACCUGCUGCCGGCGGCAGCUUCCGAGCUCGUGGAAGUGGCGGAGCCAUCACAUACCAUGGAGGGCCUCUGAUGACCGGCGACAUUAACCUUUCCAUCCUAUUUUACGGCCAGUUUACAGCCGAACAAAAGAACGUGAUUCAGAGUUUCCUGAGGUCCCUCGAGAACACGGAGAACGAUCACGUCGCCGCCGUGCACAGGUGGUGGGACGUCAUCGAGAGCUACCAAUUGUUCACUGGUCCAACCCCUGCUACCGGUACCCCACCUAGACUCCGCAUCAAGGUGGGCAUCCAGCAGAGCGACGACAAGUACUCGAUCGGAAAAGUGUUAACCCUUACAUACUUCAAGAAUCUGGUGAAGAAGGCCGACUCCGGCAAGCCCAACACUCUUUUCGUGUUCUUCACCGGGAGCCAAGUGACGGUGCACCAAUUGUGCCGUGGCAAAUGCUAUGACCACGGCUUAAUUGACAACAAACCAUACCUCGUCGUCGGAAACCCCGAAAUCUUGUGCCGCGGGGCUUGCGGUUGGCCAUUCCAGAGGCUGGACUACGGUACGCCUAAUCAAGUGACGGUGAAGCCCCCCAACGGCAACAUGGGCAUUGACGCCAUGCUCGCCCACUUCGCCUCCGGCUUGGCAGCCGUCGUCACCAACCCAUUCAACACUGGAUUCUUCAAGCCGGGACCCAAGAGCGACCCCAUCGAGGCCGGCACCGCCUGCGACAACAUCUUCGGAAGCGGUGCGGUCCCAGGCAAGACCGGCAAGGUAUUGGUCGACCCCGCUACCGGUGGGUCCUAUAAUGCUGUCGGAGAGAAGGGCAUGAAGUUCAUGCUCCCCGCCGUCUGGAACCCACGAACUUCCUCCUGCUGGACGGCCAUGUAA